UUUACAGUGGAAAAAGAGACGUUAGUUCUUAGGUUUAUUUUAUGUUUUUCUUCCAUUCAUUUGCCGGCCUAUUUCUCUCUCUCUCUCUUAACUGGAGUUCUUGUACAUCGUUCAAACAACCAACGGCAUAUCCCUCAUAUAUAUAUAUUAGCCAAAUUCCACCUUCUCCUUCACCAAAUCUCCUCUUCCUUUUUAGAUUUCAAGAUCCUUCAUAUCCCAUCUUCCAAUUUCAAAUUCUCACCACACUCACUUCUUCUUUUUCUCCAUUUUUGAAGUUAAAGUUCACUCCUUUAUCAUCAUCGCUAAAUGUUCCCUUGAACUCUUAUAUAAUCUAUGCCAAAUCUUAUGAUCUAACAAGAAAAUCCUAAUCAAGAUCAUACCCGGGCUUUCUUUUUCACUAAAAAAUAGGAAAAGAAAGCUAAUAUAUCUUGUAAUUCUCAGCCACUUGAAUUUGUUGCAAUCUCAACACAAUCUCCAAAACCCAUCUCAUAUAACUCUCUUUAUAUCUCUUAGAUCACGAAAUUACUUCAAUUUUAUCUCUCUUGAUCACUACACAGGCUCAUUUCUGUCUAGACCUUGAUAAAGUAACCCUUUUCUGUUCUUGGAAGGAAAAGUUUCCAUCUUCAAGUCAAAGAAAUGGUGGUGAAGAUGAUGAGGUGGCCACCAUGGCCACCUCUGUCAUCAAGAAAAUUUGAGGCCAAAGUGAUCAUUCACAAACUGCAAGGCCUGAAUUUGGUGCAAGAUGUAGAACAAAAUGAUGAUGAGAGCAAGAAGAGGUUUGUGGUUGAGAUGAAGUGGAAAGGUCAAAAGGGUAUUGCUUUAAGGAGGUCUGCAAAGAGGAAUUUUACUGAGGAAGGUGGGUUUUGUGGUGAUGGGGUUUUUGAAUGGAAUGAAGAGUUUAAAAGUGUUUGUAAUCUUUCUGGAAAUAAAGAUGGUGUUUUUCUUCCUUGGGAGAUUGCAUUCGCAGUUUUCAGUGGCAUGAAACAAGGGCCAAGGAAUAAGGUUAUUUUAGUUGGAACUGCUACAUUAAACCUCGCGGAAUAUGCUUCAACAGCCAAGGAGAGAGAAGCCAAAAUUGAUGUUCCUUUAACAGUUCACAAUGGCACUGUUGAGGGCACUCCCUUGCUUCAUUUGUCUCUCAAGUUGAUGGAAUUGAGAACUAUUCAAGAACCUCUACAAGCACCACAGAGAGUGAUAGAGACUGCCCCACCCUCACCCUCUUCUCUAGAAACUUUAUCACCAAGGAGAGAUGAGCUUUCUGUCCUUAAAGCAGGUCUGAGAAAAGUGAAAAGCUUCCAACUGACAAAAAAGGCUUGUCAUGAAGAGAACAAUUAUGAUAGGUGUUGUGUCAGAAGUGAAGAUGCCGAGGACAACUAUCCAUUUGAUACAGAUUCACUCGACAAUGAUGGGGAAUCAGAGGAGAGUAAUUGGGAUUCUAGUGCUCAGUUACCAUUCAAUUAUGAAACUUUGGGGCAUGCAAACAAGGCUGGAGGAUCAUUUUACUCUAAUGCCAUAACUAAUGCUGAAGAUGAGAGUUGGAUAUACUAUAAGCACCGUAAACAAGAUAUGGGAUCUCUGUAUGUUGAGUCCUCAACUGCAUCAGACCAUGAACAGUCUUUGAGACAGAGUUCAAUACGUGGAAUCUUAGCUUGGAGGAAAAGGAAACUAAGUUUUAUAUCUGCAAAGCCUAAAUCUAAAGGAGAGCCUCUCUUGAAAAAGGAUUGUGGAGAAGGUGGUGAUGACAUUGAUUUUGAUCGCAGGCAGCUUAGCUCCUCUGAUGAGUCCAGUUCUGGGUGGAAUAAAUUGGAAGAAGGUUCCAGUACUAGUAGAUCAUCAUUCUCUGAAUUUGGGGAUGACAAAUUUGCUGUCGGCAGCUGGGAGGCAAAAGAAGUAAUAAGCCGUGAUGGGCACAUGAAGCUCCAAGCGCAAGUAUUUUUUGCUUCAAUUGAUCAAAGGAGUGAGCGAGCUGCAGGAGAGAGUGCCUGUACAGCCCUGGUUGCUGUCAUUGCUAAUUGGUUGCAAUCUAACCAAUAUGAAGUGCCAAUCAAGUCUGAGUUUGACAGCUUGAUCAGAGUUGGAUCUUUAGAGUGGAGAAACUUGUGUGAGAAAGAGGACUAUAGACAACGAUUUCCCGACAAGCACUUUGAUCUUGAGACAAUUCUCCAAGCUAAAAUCCGUCCUCUUUCAGUAGUCCAAGAAAAGUCGUUUAUUGGAUUCUUUCAUCCAGAAGGCCUAGAAGAAGGGGAUUUUGACUUCCUUCAUGGUGCAAUGUCCUUUGACAGUAUUUGGCAGGAGAUUAAUCAUCAUGGGUUAGACUUGUCUAGUAAUUGUGAUCCUUUCAUCUACAUUGUAAGUUGGAAUGACCACUUCUUUGUCCUCAAGGUUGAGCAGGAUGCCUACUAUAUCAUUGACACAUUGGGUGAGAGGCUUUACGAGGGAUGUAAUCAAGCCUAUGUCCUAAAAUUUGACAAAGAUACAAUAAUCCGGAAACUACCAAUGGAAACUAAAGAAUCAGAUGAAAAAACUUCGGGCAACAAAGUGCAACCAAGCAGCUCCAAGGAAAAAACUCGGGCUGAAAGGAGGUCGCCAUCAAGUCCAAAUGAAUGCGAAAAGACUCUGAUGGAAGAAGAAAUUGUGUGCAAAGGAAAGGAGUCAUGCAAGGAGUAUAUUAAGAGCUUCUUGGCUGCAAUCCCUAUAAGGGAAUUGCGGGCUGAUAUGAAGAAGGGUUUGAUGGCAUCAACACCCCUUCAUCAUCGGCUUCAAAUUGAGUUCCACUACACCCAGCUGACACAACCUGUAGAUGAAAAUUCAUCAAGAGAUGUAACAAUUUGCUGAUGCACCAGCAUUGUAUUAGCUGUUAUCGCAUUGAAUACCUCCCUCCCAUAGAGUUGAGCUCCUACAAUUUUCUAUACCUGUGAUUAUUCUAACCCCAUCCCCUCUUGCAAUGUAUGUUGUUUAAGCAAUAAUUAUGCUGAUACUGCCAUUUAAUGAUUUGUUUUUAAGUCUCUUUGUAUAUUCCAUCUGUAGUUUUCGGACGAAGAAUGCAAGUAUCUACCUAUUCAUAUUUUCACA